UUGCUUCUUCUUCUUCUUGGCGUGUGACACUUGUCAACUACCUUCCCCCUCCGCUCCUCAUCGCCCGGCCCCGUCGCCAGUCACCAGUGGCCCUAGUCACACUGAUAAGGGAACCAUCGUCGACAAGGCUAUAACUGCGUUAAUUUCCAUGACAGACCAAAAUGGGUUAGGAUCACAGGAUCACUUACCCUUUUUGGUUGCAAGCCCUUAACGCAUUUGGUUUGUCUGACAAAAACGAUUCCAGCAUCUACUCAAGUUUGUCCUCUCGAAGCCUAAUCAGAAGUGCUGCUUGGGGAAUUUGUUUGAAGGAUGGGAGAAAGAAAGGUUCUAAACAAGUACUAUCCCCCGGACUUCGAUCCGUCGAAGCUGCCGAGGGUUCGGAGGCCGAAGAACCAGCAGAUGAAAGUGCGCAUGAUGCUUCCCAUGAGCAUUCGCUGCAACACCUGCGGUAAUUACAUCUACAAGGGCACCAAGUUCAAUUCCCGUAAAGAGGAUGUCAUAGGCGAGACAUAUUUAGGAAUUCAAAUCUUUCGAUUCUACUUCAAAUGUACAAAGUGUUCUGCGGAGCUUGCGAUGAAGACAGAUCCAAAAAAUUCAGACUAUAUUGUUGAGUCUGGUGCCACACGGAAUUUUGAGCCUUGGCGUGAAGAGGACGAGGUAACAGAGAUCGAAAAACAGAAAAGAGAUGCUGAGGAGAUGGGAGAUGCUAUGAAAUCAUUAGAGAACAGAACCUUGGAUUCAAAGAGAGAGAUGGAUAUCCUUGCUGCGCUAGAUGAGAUGAAGUCUAUGAAGUCUAGACAUGCUACUGUGAGUGUAGAUGCCAUGCUUGAGGCCUUGCAGCGCACAGCCGGGGAAAAGGAGAAAAGGUUGGAAGAAGAGGAUGAAGCACUUAUAAAAUCAAUAUUUCAUAAGCCAAUAGAUUUUGUUCGAAGAAUUCAUGAUGAAGAUUUUGACGAUGAUGGAGAUAUGAUUCAGCUUUCAAGUGGCAAUGGUGAAACAUCUGGUGAUAAUCUGAAGAGGAGAAAGGUUUCUGAAGAGCCUCUUGGCAACCCAACAGAUUCUUUGACAAAAGCCACUUUUGUUGACAGCUCCACCAACAAAGAAAAUCUAGGUGGUUCAGGGGCUGCUGACAAUCCCAAGUUUGUAUUCAAGUCUUCAGCAGUAAGGAUUUCGGUCAGGAAACCGCUUCCGAUAACAGUAAUUUAGUGAAAAUGGAAGGGAACAAACAAGGGGCUAGAACCAAUACAAGUGCACUACAGGCUGUGACCUCCGGUGGUAACAAUCCGGCCAGGCUGGGAGAUAAUAGCCAAGAGCAUAAAAUUGCUGAUACAAGUACAGGACUACUAUCGCUCUGCCAAAACUAUGAAAGUGACGACGACCAGUGAUCGACUUUAUUUUUCCAAAUUUUUUUGGGAACUCAUUUACUUUGUCCAGGUUGUUAGUUUGCAUAUUGGGAGCUCACUCAGUGGUACUAAAAUAAGAACGGUACCUCAGCAGUCAGUCAGCAGUAUAUCAGUGGUAACAUAUAAGUGAAAAUACCUCAUUCCAGCCGAGCCUUGCAAGUCAAUGCAAAUGUUGCUGCCAUGUGCUCCACAAAGCUAGCCAAAAGCUUGCAUCUUGGAUACUAUAGUGCUGAAAUUGAGUAUUUGUACUUUUUUUUUUAAUGGUCAAAUCUGUUGAAGUUUCCUUACAACGUUUACGUCCUCCAUGAACCUACUUGCUAAUUUCUUUCGUAAAAGGUGCGUGCUUUACAUGUCCUGUGCAUGUGGUAUUAUGACAUUGAUGAGACAAAUGAUACGAUUUAUGGUAAAAAGUCC